AUGAGUGGAACCAGCGUACUAGCACCCUUUCAAGAGCCAGUUGCUGAAGUGAGGAUUUCGAUGAAGGGAAAACCAGUAGGACUUGUGAAUACAACCGUCAGAUCACCCACACUACAGCGAACACCGAGGGCAUACCAAAUCCCAAAAACCCAUUGCUCAUGA